CCCCACCCCACCUCAUAAAAACCAAACCAAACCCGAAAGCACCACGAAACACGGCGGCAGCAGCAGCCUGCGUGCCUGCCUAUCCAUCCUUCCUCCUCCAGCCUCCGCCGCGGACACCCCCGCGCGGACAGGCCGGUGGAGCGGCAGCGAGGGAGGGCGGGGCGGCGCCGGCCUCGCAAUGCAGCAGCAGCAGCAGCCGGAGCCCGCCGAUCCGCCGGGGAGGGCGUUCCCGCCCCCGCCGGCGCCGGCCGCGCGCGGGGCGCACCACCGGCGGGCCAGAUCUGAGGUUGCCUUCCGCCUCCCGGACGACCUCGGCCUCGGCGGCGGCGGCGGCCCCGACGGCGACGGCUUCGACGAGAUCGGCUCCGAGGACGACCUCUUCUCCACCUUCAUGGACAUCGAGAAGAUCUCCUCCUCGGGGCCCUCCGACCGCGACCGCGAUCGCGCCGCGGAGACAUCCUCACCGCCGCGCCCCAAGCACCGCCACAGCAGCUCUGUCGACGGCUCGGGCCUCUUCUUCUCCCCCGGCGUCGGCGGCGGCACGGGGAAGGACGCCGCCGCGUCGCUGGCCGAGGUCAUGGAGGCCAAGAAGGCCAUGAGCCCCGAGCAGCUGGCCGAGCUUGCCGCCAUCGACCCCAAGCGCGCCAAGAGAAUUCUAGCUAACAGACAAUCGGCGGCUAGAUCAAAAGAAAGAAAGGCUCGUUAUAUAACAGAACUUGAGCGGAAGGUUCAAACGCUUCAGACUGAAGCCACCACCCUUUCAGCACAACUCACACUAUUUCAGAGAGACACAACUGGACUUUCUGCAGAAAAUGCAGAGCUCAAGAUAAGGUUGCAGGCCAUGGAGCAGCAGGCUCAACUGCGUGAUGCUCUGAAUGAUGCACUGAAGCAGGAGCUGGAGAGGCUUAAGCUUGCUACUGGUGAGACGACCAAUUCCAGUGAGACAUAUAACAUGAGAUUUCAACAUGUCCCAUACAACUCUUCAUUCUUCCCGCUUUCCCAGCAUAAUACAGCCCUACACCCGGGUAGUGCCCAGUUGGCACCAUCGUUCAACCCACCUCAUCCCAAUGUGCCAAAUCACCAGAUGCUGUCCCACCCACACACUCUCCCAGAUAUAAUGCAGCAAGACUCUCUUGGACGGCUGCAGGGUUUGGACAUUGGAAAGGGGCCUCUGGUUGUGAAGUCGGAGAGCAGCUCGAUCUCUGCAAGCGAAAGUAGCAGCACCUUCUAACGCGGCCUACACAUCAGAAUCCACAGUUUCAUUAGAUCCCUUUGUUCAUAGCCUGACAUCCUUGUGCUGCUUUCAGUUCUGUAAGCUUAUUUUUUAUUCAAUUCAUUCGUUUAGUUGAAAUUGUUUGUAAUUGCAUGGACAGAUCAAUCCGUGUUGUAGAAUGAUCCGGCAACUCACGUCUUGUUGUUUUUGGGUUCAUUUCCUGUGUGCCAUGUUUGGUAAUCAGGGUGUUCGGAGUGGAAUUCUGUGAUGAUAUUGUGUUGUUUUUAGCCAUGUUGACUUGAGCUCCAUGGAUUCUCUCUUUGGAAUAUACAUGUAUUCUUAUGCUACCAAGCUAGUUUGAUCCA